AUGGCCGCCAUCAAGAUCAAGCUCGUCGUGGACAAGCCGCGGAAGCGCGUCCUGUUCGCCGAUGCCGGCUCCGACUUCGUCGACGUCAUCCUCGCCUUCCUCACGCUCCCCCUAUCCGCCGUUCAGCUCACCGCAGGCGCGUCCUUGCCGGGCUGCCUGGCAAACCUCUGCGGCAGCGUCGACCGCCUCCGCGACGCCCAACUGCUGAAGGUUAACGCCUGCCAUGGCACGCUUCACAGGCCAACGCACAAGGACGAAUUCGGGUGCAAUAAUCGUUUUGGCUGCUCAGCGUGUACUCCUUUUGUCGAAAAGCAUGCGCCUCCACAUAGACGCAGGUGCUGGGAGGUAGCCAUGGCUAGGCUGGUGCAUGUGUACAACCAAACACCACGCAAAGAGAUGUUCUCCAACUGGAAUGAACGUUUCGUGAUCAGUGACAACUGGGUGAUCAAACAUGCGUCGACGAGCAAUGUGGUGUCGUUCCUAAGGGGGCUCGGCGCAGAUGGGAUCAGAGACGGUUACGAGGAGGUGGACGUGGACGUCGGAUGGGCCGAGGUCCCCAUCAAGCUUUUCUAUGACAGGAAGGACAGGAAGGUCAUGUAUGCAGAGUGCAAGCACGAGUUCGUGGACCUGCUCCUCAGCUUCAUGACCUACCCCAUAGGAUGCAUCCUGAAGAGCAUGGCAAGAACCUCUCAUCUGUGCGGCAGUUUCAACAAUCUUUACAACAGCGCCGCGGGACUAGACGUGGCUGGAUUCUUGUCAGGACCUUGCAUUCGCGACAUAAAGACGCUGCUGGAUCCAAGCCUUGACCCGUUCAAGAUAGGCUGCUCCUUCAGGAAAGAUAAAAGAUCAUGCCAUUCAUGUGAUCCUGAGUUUGUCAGCGGUCACACAUAUGUAGUUGACGAUGACCUGCGUACGUAUCAGGCUUCCGCAGUGUCGGUGCUGAAGCACUGGCGCAAGAGAGACCUGGUGGAGAUGGACAUUGGUAUCAGCAAACAAGAGGCUGCUGCGCUACUGCUACCGGCGGUCAAUUCGAAGACUGCGUUGACAGAUGCGUUCAAGGGGAGGUUUAUGCAGGAAGCACAACAGUUGCCACCUUUGCCACCUUUGGAAAGAAGAAUGGGUGCGCCCUCCGUGGAGAAGAUGCAGAUCUUUGUCAGGAUCUUCGCAGGUGAGACCAUCACCCUUGACGUGGCAACCUCUGACACGGUCGCUGACGUCAGGAGUAAGAUCCAGGCAAGGAGGAAGCUAACGGACUCUUGUGGGUUAGCCUACGGUGGCAAAUACCUGCAGGAUCCAUGGACCCUCGCUGAUUGUGGCAUUCACAGGGAGGCCACAAUCCAUGCUGAGUUUUUUCAUCGUUGUAGCUAG